AUGGCCGGAACAUCCUUCUCCGCCUUCGUCCAUCGGAAUUUUAAUGAGUCUUCUUCUAUUGUGCCUAAGGUUCGGGCGAAGAUCAAGCUAGCGCUCAAGGUUCGUACCUGGUCAGAUCUAAUGCGGACACCGUUCUACGGGACUGAGCGCGCGAAGGGAUUCACUAUCUUCAGCGCCAACGUCGAUAUCCCGCCUUCGCGCGCACAACAUCUAAUAUAA